AUGCCUUCGGUCGACAUCGCUAACCCCGCCUGCGAUCCCGCCACCCAUGAAGAUGACCCCCAUCUUCUUCUCACUUUCUUGCAGUCUCAGUCACAGAAUGCGCUCACCAGACUGUACCAGAGGCCUUCUUCCUGUCUCUCUGUUUUCCGCUUGUUACAGCCGCUCCAGCGACAGCUAGUCAUGAACCUGCUCUGGCUUGAGACUGCGGUCCCCGUUUCAACAAUGUUUGCAUGGGUCACGCGCGAAGGCAGAUCCGUCUACAGCGAUUCAUUAUCGACCCUGGCUCGGUUACACAUCCUUCCCAGCUCUCCGGUGAAGCUCGCACUAAAUCCUACCUUCAAGGCAAGUCUACGCCAAGCUGUAACUGGAGGAGGGUCGAGUCGAAGUUUCGGGGUACCGGUAGAUCCCGAUCGGCAAUACCCAGCUCCCAAUAUCAAUACUUUGGAUGCUUAUGCUCUUGAGCGUUGGGAGACGAUCCUGCACUACAUGGUGUCCUCCGGAACAGGACACUAUCCUACGAGGCCAUCGCAAGAGGUUCUAUUCCUGUUACAGCGUAGUGGCCUUAUGACGAAUGCACACGGCGGAGCUCUCCAGAUAACAUCAUCGGGCUUUCAGUUUCUCCUACAUUCUCCACAUGCUCAGCUCUGGGAGCUCCUAGUGCAGUAUUUAUACAUGGUAGAGGAGCGACAAAUGGAUCUAGUCGACGUGUUGAGCUUUCUGUUGAUGUUAUCCACAAUGGAGCUUGGUCGAGAAUAUUCGACUGAGAACCUGACGGCGACCCAAACUGCGAUGCUCACGGACCUGAGAAAUUACGGGCUGGUAUGGCAGCAAAGUCCAUCGUCACGACGCUUUAGUCCUUCACGUCUCGCCACGACAUUGACCUCGUCUUCAUCUCCCCUGCCCACAUCCCAGAAUUCCGGAACAGGGCCGCAUGGCGAGGGAUUUAUCGUACUUGAAACGAACUAUCGCAUUUACGCUUAUACCGACAAUCCACUUCAGAUCGCGGUUCUCAAUCUCUUCGUAACCUUGAAAUCUCGAUUUCCCAACCUUGUAAUCGGGGCAAUUACUCGCGAGAGUGUCAAGAAGGCACUUGCCAACGGGAUAACUGCGGACCAGAUUAUAAGUUAUCUCACGGCACAUGCACACCCCCAGAUGCACAAGAACAAACCUCUUUUACCAGUAACAGUUCAAGAUCAGAUCCGACUUUGGGAGUUGGAGAGAAACCGGGUUAAAUCUGAAGAAGGAUAUUUAUACACAUCGUUUGCCUCUCAAGCAGAUUACGAGUAUGUUCUCAAUUAUGCCAAGCAGUUGGAUGUUGUUCUUUGGGAGAAUCCAUCCCGGCGGUCUUUCUUCGGCAGUUUGGAUGGGCAUGCUAACAUACGGGGAUUCAUUGAGAGAAGGACCGCUGGUAAUGCUUAG